AUGGCAACUAUAUCUCUUGCUCGAGUCAAUGAGUUUUUCAAAUGGGUCCACCUUAGAACCCCCGUGGAACAAUUGAGUUCUUAUAUCCCUCCUGGGAUUCACAUCCUCCUCGAUGGUCAUAUAUUCUACUGGUUGUACGACCCAAGUGACUUAACCAUACAUAUCCUGUUCAAUGCUAACUCUAAGAUAACACUCUACUGGCCAGUUCAGCCCUCGACACGAGUAGUAUCCCUCACUCCUGAGGGUGAAGGCCGUGUAUUUAUCGGUAACGACAGCGCAAGCAUGAGAUGUAUCGAUGGUGUGAAGGUAGCCGUUGGUGAGGCGAUGGUUAUGUUUACGGCGGUUAAAGGCAUGGCUUAUAUGGACUACGGAAAUAUCCCGGCGGGCCUAGUUGGACCACUGAGUGACAUUGCACCUAGUACUGGAUCCCAGAAUCCCUCAGCAGAUGCCGGGCCUACUGGUAUUGAUGUGAUUCGGCCGCAUUUAGUCUCUGAACCAGGAAGCCUGAUGCUCAUGCCUAUGACCAAGAGCAGAAAGUACCGCCCUGAUCUGCAGUAA